CCAGUCAAGGGUUCGGACCAGUCAAGGGUUCGGACCAGUCAAGGGUUCGGACCAGUCAAGGGUUCGGACCAGUCGGACUAGUUUCUUUCGCGGAGGGAAAAUAAAAAAAAAUUCUCGGCUAUAUAACCCAAGUGCAGUACAACAUGUAAACAAACUGAAGCUAUGGACUGCCGCACACAAGAGAGAAGAAGAAGAUCCUCUCCAUCCGGAAGACGGAAGACCACCAGCAUCCCACACCCGCGGGGCCAGCUGGAGAAGACCCGGGCCAGAAGUACGGCUAAAAACUCUUAUCAACUUGAUAUAUUUACUUGGAAUAUAGCAUCGCUUAAAAAAAGAGCUUAUGUUCUUCACGGCAUUAUCAAAUAUAAUUCCAUUGACGUUAUAUGUUUACAAGAGUGCGGUGUCUCUGAAGAGUACCAGCCCCCUGAAUUACCAUCAUUUAUUACAUAUAACUUGGAAUCUACUAACUCGUGUGUGCUCUAUGUUAAAAACUCACUUCACCAUAUACUCCUUGAAGAUGAGAAAACAGACGGCCUUCAAUAUCAUGGAGUUAAGAUUUAUUUUAAGAACUCUGCUCUUAAGUUUCUCAAUAUAUUUAACUUGUAUGCCCCUCGUAAUGAAUUUAAUUACUCGGAGCUCCCAUUAUGUGCUACGUUUCAACCUACUUUUAUCCUAGGAGAUUAUAAUGCAAGGCACACCAACAUUGGAGACUCAGAGUUUACUAACCGUAAUGGCAGACAACUGUUGUCACUUUUAAAUAAAAAUGAUAAUGUGCAAUUUGUAGGUGACUUGGAGCCCACACAUGUCUAUGGAGGCAUCCUUGAUCUGUGUCUUGGUUUUAACCUUGAUAAUGUCCGCUGUGAGAGUUACAUUGUAAAGAUUUUACCAUCAUAUAUGUUAUCAGAUCAUUACCCAAGAUUAACCACUGUAUAUAUUGAUAAUAACUAAUUAUUGGUGGUUCCAAUAUUUUCAUUAAAAUUUUUUUGUUUAGUUGUAAUAUAGUGUUUAAAAUUCAGUUUUUCGUGUAUGAUUAUUUUUAUGGUGUUAGUAUUCAAGGUAAAAAUUAUUGUGAGGGGAGAGAUAUAUUGGAUGUUUAGUCAGUUGUAAGAUUAAUGAUAAUUUAAGGUGGAAAUGAUUGUUUAUGUGUGUGUGUGUAUGAAUUUGUAUGUGUGUGUGUGUGUGUUUAUGUGUGUGUGUGUAUGAAUUUGUAUGUGUGUGUGUGUGUGUGAGAGAGAGAGAGAGACUCAACAAUCAACAUUUGCACCAAUAACUCACUACAGUUGUGACCGGGUGUGGAAGUGUGAAUUGCUCAUUACUCUAAAAUUUGUUCAUGAUUGCACCCAUGUAUAAACGUUGGCCAAACCAGGCACCCCUGAAGAGAUGCCUAAGAGUUAGCAGACUCAACCAGAUAUACUGAGGAAAGGAUAUACGUAUAGUUACAGUACUAGAGACCUUAAAACUCUAGUCCUGGAGGAUCAGACUAGGCUUGUAAUUUUGGAUUCGGAAGAUCUCAGUGGCUGCCUGAAGAAGGAAUGUAUUAAGGCAC